AAUGGAUCAACGGAGUGUACCUGCCCACUAACCGCUCCCGGCUCCAGGAAGCUCACAGAUAUGUCACUAAGGAGCUGAAAGCAUUACAGAUUCCUUUUCUCAGCCGUGGUUCCGGCCUCUAUAUCUGGAUCAGCUUGAAAGAGUACCUGGAACCCUGCACAUUUGAAGAAGAGCUGCGCCUCCAUCGCCGCUUCCUGGACCACAAGCUGAUGCUGUCCAGUGGCAAAACCUACCUGUGUAAGGAGCCUGGCUGGUUCCGCCUGGUCUUUGCAGAUAAGAUCGUCCGGCUAAAACCAGCCAUGCAUCGCUUCAGCCAGGUGCUGGAGGAGCAGAAGCAGGACAUCAUAGAGAAGAUGCUGGCAGACACGCAGAAGGAGUAGGCUAUCUGCUUCCUGGUCAGUGGCUCUAGCCAGUCACAUGCUCAGGGAGCUCCUGCUGUAAGUCUAUGGUCCAGAAACCUGAGGCGUUGAACUGGUCUGUGACUGUCCGAACAGUGGAUUCCUCCAAGAACAGUUUCGUCUGACCUGGAUGGAGCUCAUUGUCUGCCAUCUUUGAAAGCUUCGUAUCUUUUUAGUCUUUGCUAGCCAUAACGUAUGCAAAAUGAUGUUUAUAUUGGGGUAGGGAAGGCCUAGGGGCA